AAAUAAAAUAAUAGUAUAAUUGGCUAAAUCAAUUAUAACCUCGUCACCUGCCCACAGUGGAACCGAACCUUGAACUUCCUCAUUUCUUCAUUUUUCCCGCUUCUGUGACGUCUCUCUCUCUCAACACCCACCAUGACUCAACCAACCUUCGUAGUCGAACAUUUGGAUCCUGAGCUGGGCCCAUGGUCCACUCUCGAAUAUGCCUGCAUCGCGCGUGAAUCCCACGACCGCGGGGCAAGGUUCCUGCUCAGUUCUGUUCCCCCCCAGCUGCAGAUGCCCGCAGAUCUGGCCGCCACCAAAGGCCUCGAGGUCGAGCAGCGUAGUGUGGAGGAGAUCUUCGCCGACCGCAAGGAUAGGGUCUGCUUACUGGACCCCUCCGCUGCGACCGAGCUGAGUCCCGAGGAUGGUGAUACCUUUGAGGUCUUCUUGUUUGGUGGUAUCCUCGGCGACGACCCGCCUAGAGACCGCACCUCGGAAUUGAGGAAGAAGGGAUAUGUCGGCCGCCGAUUGGGGCCUAAGCAGAUGACUACCGAUACUGCCGUGCGAGUUACUCGUUUGGUUGUUCACGAGAAGAUACCCCUCGAGGACAUUCAAUAUGUCGACUACCCGGAAUUGCUCAUCAAUGAGCACGAGAGCACCGAGAUGCCAUUCCGCUAUGUCAAGGAUGCCAAUGACCAGCCUAUCAUGCCCGAUGGGAUGGUGGAUCUUAUUAAGAAGGAUGCCGACAAGUCUAUUGAUUUCCUCGAAGGUUCUGAGAGUGUACUAGCUGAAGAUCCCCAAAAUUAAACGAUAAUAAGGUCGGCAAGUGGCUGAAGCGGCUGGGCGUGUUUCAAUGGUUUUACUAUAGAGGGGGGAGUUUCACCUUUUGAUUCGAGGUGGAUAUAACAAAAUACAUGGAUUUAUAAGUAUAUACAA